UGUUGUGACAGGUUUUUGGUCAUUUUUUCUAACAUUAUGAACGAUCGACAAGAACUGUGCGGAUGCAAAGGAAUCAGGACUUGUCUGGUAUGUGAAAAAUCCAAGAUAGACCUAUCGUGUCGCAGUGGCCGGUUCGAAAAGCCUGACGCAUCGUACAGUUUUUGUUGGUUGUGCAAUAUAGCUUGGCUGGAGUCGAACACCGAACAACAUCCUUCACACCAGGGAAAGUUCAUCAGAUUUCCAGGAGUCACUUUGAUCGAAAAUGUAGUAUCAGAGGAAGAAGAAGAAGCCAUCAUACAAGCAGUGGAUGCCACACCGUGGAAAGUUUCACAGUCAGGCCGGCGAAAACAAGAUUAUGGACCGAAAGUCAACUUCAAGAAACGCAAGGUCAACUCAAAAUGUUUCUCGGGACUCCCUGCUUUCAUCCGACCACUUACCGAGCGAUUGGUGCAGAUGGAUGGGUUGGCCGACUUCCAGGUCGUCGAGCAAUGCAACUUGGAGUACGUGCCUGAUAGAGGCUCAAGUAUCGACCCACACUUUGACGAUGUGUGGCUAUGGGGCGAGAGACUUGUCACUUUAAACUUGAAUUCUGAAACGACCCUGACCAUGACACAGAAAGAAAAAGAUAUUUGCGUUAGUAUACCGCUACCGAAGAGAUCAGUCAUCGUACUGUAUGGUCCCGCCAGGUACGAAUGGAUGCAUGCAAUUCACCGCGAGGAUAUUAUUAACAGACGCAUCGCUGUUACCUUUAGGGAGCUAUCUGCAGAGUUUCUUGACGGAGGAGUAAACGAGGAUACCGGUUCACGACUUUUAGAAAUUGCUAGGACCUAUGAAGGAAAAGCUGUUCAAUAAUAUGCGGUGGAUGGGUACAAAUAUCCAUCACGUUGUACAGA